GGGAAAUGAAAAAUAAUACUCACAGACGACUGAAAAGCAGAGAAACGUUAACCUACCCGGAGCUAAAAUGUUUUAUUUUACUGUGAGCGUGAAUCUGAUUUUGCAGGCUGAAGAGUGUUUGGUUGAACUGACGUCGUUCGAACACUAACACGAAUAUGAACAGACACGCUGCUAUUGAACUGGCUGAUUUAAGCCCGAACGAGCCGAAUAAAUCGGCUUCAAAGGGAAGGAGUUACGAGUAUUUGGGUAAUGAGUCUACGUGUCCUCGGUCAAACCUGAAAGAGAAACCCUCUCAACACAGGUUGAUUAAUCGUGAGGACUCUGACUUCUCUCUGCCCAGUGGUUUGUCGAUGAAAAGUGAUCAGUCAAUGCAUGAUCCUUUCAACAUCAGCGGAGAAGAAACGCCUACAGAAAUGAACUUGAAAAAGCCAAAUUAUACAGCUUUACCAGGACCAAGUCAUGCGUCUCUGAGGAAUCCACCUCUGUCUUCCCCGUUAUCCCUUAUGAAAGAAACCUCUGCACACAAGUUGCUUGAGUUUAAGCAGUCGAUGGAUUAUCCUUUAGAUCUCAGCAGAGAAUCAGUCCGUACAAAACUAAAAAUUCAUCAAAAGGAAUCAAGGUCAAAUGUUCUAAAUGAGGAUCUAAUGAGGACAUAUCAGUAUAAAAUGAUGUUGAGGAACAGGUGUCAGUGUAUAUUUGAAGGGAAUGAAGAGCACAGCGGACCCUCUCUGCUUAACAAUAUCUAUACAGAGCUCUACAUCACUGAUGGUGGAAGCAGUGAGCACAACAGCGAACAUGAAAUCAGACAGAUCGAGACAGCAUCUAAACAUCCAGCCACAUGGGACACACCAAUCAAGGCUAAUGAUAUCUUUAAAGCUUCUCCCAAAUCUGCUAAACGAAUCCGAACUGUGCUAACCAAAGGAAUCGCUGGCAUCGGUAAAACAGUGUCUGUGCAAAAGUUCACCCUGGACUGGGUUGAGGGCAGAGCCAACCAGGACAUCUGCAUGAUAUUUCCACUCCCUUUUCGUGAAAUGAAUGGAAUUAAAGAAAAGAAAAUUAGUGUGAUACACUUUCUUGAGUCCUUCUUCAAUCUAAAAAUAGAUCCAGAAGUGUUACACUCGGAUAAAUACAAAGUAGUCUUUAUCUUGGAUGGACUUGAUGAAUGCCGAUUUUCUUUGGAUUUCCAAAACAACAAGAGUUGCUCCAGUGUGACCCAGUCAGUUUCAGUCGGUGUCCUUCUGACAAACCUCAUCUGCAAGAACUUGCUUCCUUCUGCGUUAGUCUGGAUAACCUCGCGACCAGGUGCAGCAGGUCAAAUACCGCCAGAUUUCAUUGACCGUGUGACUGAGGUACGAGGUUUCAAUGACUCACACAAGGAAGAAUACUUCAGGAAAAAAAUAAGUGAUCCAGACUUGUCCUCCAGGAUAAUCUCUCAUUUGAAGUCUUCAAAGGUCCUUCACAUCAUGUGCCACAUCCCAGUGUUCUGUUGGAUAUCAGGUACAGUUCUUGAAAGAAUGUUUCUUGAUUCAGAGAGUGGUGAAAUUCCCAGGACCCUCACGCAAAUGUACACACAUUUCCUGCUGUUCCAGAUCAAGCAUGGAAGUCACAAAUAUGAUCAGAAUUCUGAAGCCGUUUUGAAGUGGGAUAACCAGACCAUAUUGUUGCUUGGAAAACUGGCAUUCCAACAGCUUGAAAUUGGUAAUUUAGUGUUCUAUGAAGAAGAUUUGAGGGAAUGUGGCAUUCAACUCAAUGCUGCAUCUGUGUAUUCAGGGGUUUGUACCCAAAUCUUCAGAGAAGAGGCAGGUCUGCUUCAGGAGAAGGUCUUCAGUUUCAUACAUGCAAGUAUACAGGAGUUUUUGGCUGCGUUGUAUGCAUUUCUUGUGUUUGUCAACAAUAAACGAAAUGUCCUCAAUCAGAUGACAAAUUGUAAAAUAAUAAGAACUUUAAAAAAAAUCUCAGUGCAUGAAUUUCUGAAGUGUGCUGUGGAUAAUGCUUUAGCAAGUGACAGUGGACAUCUGGACCUUUUCCUUCGCUUCUUGUUAGGACUGUCCCUAGAGUCCAACCAGACUCUUCUUCAGGGACUCCUGACUGAGGUGUUAAGCGAUACUGAAAGCAGCAAGAAAACAAUUCAAUAUGUCAAGGAAAAAAUCAGGGACAACCCUUCAGCAGAGAAGGCAAUAAGUCUUUUCCAUUGCCUGAGUGAGUUGAAAGAUGAUUCUCUGGUUGAGGAAGUGCAGGACUUCAUAAACUCACAUGGGUUUAGUCGUGGAAAGCUCUCUCCUUCACGCUUUUCUGCUUUGGCUUACAUACUGCUGACAUCUGCUGAAGAACUGGAUGUGUUUGACUUGUCAAAGCUCAUUCAUCCGAGCAUGACCACAAAUGAGGGAUUGUUGAGAUUGCUGCCAGUUAUCAAAGCAUCCCGAUCAGUUGUUUUGAGGUGCUGUAAUGUGACAGAUAAAGGCUGUUCAGGUCUGGCCUCUGUUCUCAGUUCAAGUCUCUCAUGUCUGAGAGAACUGGAUUUAAAUUCCAACAAUCUUCAAGAUUCAGGAAUAAAACAGCUUUCUGCCGGACUGGGAAAUUCUCAGUGUAAGCUAGAGACUCUGAGACUCUUCAAUUGCAGAAUCGGUGAAAACGGCUGUGCUUCAUUGGCUUCAGCUUUGAGGUCAAACCCAGCUCACUUAAAUGAACUUGAUUUGACGCACAACAUGCCACAUGAUACAGGUGUGAAAGUGCUUUCUGAUGUGCUAACAGAUAAGAGAUGUAAACUGGAAACACUAAGGUUAAUGGCCUGUGAACUUACAAAAAAAAGUUGUGCGGCACUGGCCCAAGUGCUUCAGUGCACAUCUACAAGCAUGAAACAUUUAGAUUUAAGUUCGAAUGACCUUCAGGAUUCAGGAGUGGAACUGCUCUGCGUUGGUCUAAAGAGCCCUUCCUGCAAGCUUGAGACACUGAGUCUAUCAGACUGUAAAAUUACAGCCAAUGGAUGUUCUGCAUUGUCACUUGCUCUGAAGUCAAACCCGUCACACAUGAGAGAGUUGGACCUCAGCAUUAACAACCUCACAGACUCAGGAGUGAAGCAUCUGCUUCCUGUGUUUGGAGACCCACGUGUGCAUCUAGAGAGAUUAUGGCUUAAUAAUUGCAAUCUCACUCAAAAAAGCUGUUGGAUGAUGGGUCAUGUAAGCACAUCAGAACCCUCAGGUUUGAUAGAGCUCAACCUCAGUGCCAAUGCAAUUCUGGAUUCAGGUUUGAAGCAGCUAUCGUUGGCACUAAGCCAUCUUCUGUCACAACUGCAGUCACUGAGUGUAACAUACUGUGGGCUCACGGCAGACGGGUGUGCUGUUCUGGCAUCAGCUCUCAACUCUAACCAGACACAGCUGAAAGCACUGGACCUCAGAGGAAAUAAACUGAGGGAUACAGGAGUGAAGCUGCUCUCAGUUCUGAUAGAGGAUCCACAAAGUAAAUUAGAAGAAUUUGAAUUCAUGGAUGGAAUAAUAUCUGAAAAUCAGGCACCUAUAGACGACUCCCACAAACAGGAUACUCUACCUGGAAACGAAAGAAAAUCUAAACGAAAAGAUAUGUGCGUAUGCUUUUAAGAAAAUGUAAGACUACAUUAUAAGUUCAACAAAGGACAUCAUGGAAACUACUACUCGGAAUAUGUCCUGGAACAUCUAUAAGCAGCAUGUGCGUGACUUGACCUCGUGGGUACAGAACGAAUCUCGCAUAGUUUCAUUCUUGAGAGAAACAGUGUUUAAAAAACGAUUAAGAGUCGCGGUUGAAGUGAAACUAUGAGGUAUGGCAGGUUUGCUGGGUUAAGUCAAAAGAGGUGUUACAGAAACAUAGAUCCUAAUCUGCUGCAACACUUUACUGCACAAAUAUUGUACAUAGACAAAUUCAUGAUACUGAUAUUAUUAUAGUUCCAACACUUUGGUACGGAAAGCUGCUACACAUGUUGACCUGGAAAAUGGUGAAUAUUUAUACAGUAUUUACUAUGAACUACUACCUCUUCUGACAACCUUUAUCAUCUAUUUUUCCAUAUCUCUGCCCAGUAAUCACACAUAAACCACCCUAGAAACCAUCUAGCUGUAUAACAAAGUUAAAUCGUAAGUGACUAUAUGACAAUACCUAUCAUAUAUAAUGACUAUACCUAUCAUAACACCUUAAAAGAUUAUGAGGUAGAUUUGUCAAGUCACAAACACUCCGUUUGUAGUUUUUUUAAUAUAUUAAUCUGUAGUACUUCCGUUUUGGGUUUACAAAACGAUCAACCAUGUAAGUCUCCGUAUGAACAGUAGAGGGCAAUACAGGAUCUUUAUGAAAAUGUAUUAUUAUUUUUUUUUUCCCCCUAAUGUUGACAUCUGUCUAAUGAAGAAUGUAAUCACACAGAAAAAAAAAGACCCAGCAUCAUGGAGUGUUUCAUUUUAAUGUUUAUUUAUAAAAUAAGAAUGGGGCAUCAUUAACAGAUAUUAUAAUCAUUACAACAUAUCUUCACAUCGAUUCAGAGUUUAUCGAGUCUUUCUCCGCUCAUUAUGGAAACUAUAAUUAUAAAACUGGACUUUGGUCAAAAUUUGGGCCUUCUUUGUUCUGGAUAUUGGGUAUCUCGAUAAUAAUCGGCAUUUUUAAGCAGAUCCGUUCUUGCAUUGAUAAGUGCUACACUUGAUUUAUCUGUGAGUGCAUUUAAUGCCAAACUACACUGGUUUAACAUCACCUGCAUGCGUCUCGUUCACAAAACAAGGAAAGUGUUUGUAAAAGAAAGAAAUGAAAAAAAAAAAACGGAAUAUAGUCAAUUUGGCAUAACACAAAUAAAUGCUCUGUUAAGGCAGACUUCAUUUUCUAAAACAAACGAUCUACAAAAUAAGUAUUUUGUUUCAAAUACCGCUCAUGCAAACAUGAUGCAGGCAAUAUUAAGCGGUGAAUUAAUAAAUAACGAAGGUAAACGAUAUCUGCGUUUAUAUGAGUUCGUUUUAAACGAAUUCUCACCGGAAUGGUGACUAAAAUUCAUGCCGUUCAGCCAGCGCUGUACUAAAGAAAAAAAGUACAUUAAACGACCUACAGCCAACUAACACGACCUCUAACCCUUUGAGGUGCAAUGAGCAGGUAAACUGAUCCUAACUAAGCAAACUGGCACCUGUCACCACUUUCACAAAUAAGGGUCAUCACACCUGAGAUUAAAUGCACGAUAUCUGUUACUUGUAAACAAUUCAUUAGCCAUGCAGUCAAAGUAGUUCGUUUUAAAACCGACGAGAAGUUCUAAGUCACUCGGCUGCGAUUUGUUUCAUUCAUGGAUUAUUAUAGUCAAUGUACAAAUAAUCUACAGAAGAGGUUCCGUUCGAUACGACCAUAAACGAGGAAGACUGCAAGCGACAAUGCCUGAAACCAUAUGGAAAAAAAAAACGCGUUCCCGUCCCAUACGCGGUUAAAUUUUGAUGCAUGUUUUCUGCAUGAUUUAUAGAGAUAAUACAGCACAGAAGCAGCGUGAGUGGGUGUGAGCCUGACGUUGACACACUGUCAUGUUAAAUAAAUGAAGUCUUAGCUCUG